CCGGGGCCCGGGAGAGAAAGGGGCGGUCUUUCGGCGGGAAGAUGGCGCUGGCCAUGCUCUUGGUGGUGGUUCCGCCGUGGCCUGCCGCCCGGGGACUGCUUCGAAACCACUGGGAGCGACUACUGCGGAAGAUUCCGCAGGGUUGGCCGGGCUUUCCUAGUCCUCCUUGGGGACCAGCAUUAGCAGUACAGGGCCCAGUCAUAUUUACAGAGCCAGCAAAUGAUACCAGUGGAAGUAAAGAGAAUUCUGGCCUUUUAGAUAGUAUCUUUUGGAUGGCAGCUCCCAAAAACAGACGCACCAUUGAAGUUAACCGGUGUAGGAGAAGAAACCCUAAGAAGCUUAUUAAAGUUAAGAACAAUAUAGACGUUUGUCCUGAAUGUGGUCACCUGAAACUGAAACAUGUCCUUUGUGGCUACUGCUAUGAGAAGGUGUGCAAGGAGACUGCAGAAAUCAGACGACAGAUAGGGAAACAAGAAGGGGGCCCUUUUAAGGCUCCCACCAUAGAGACUGUGGUGCUGUACUCGGGAGAGACGCCAUCUGAACAAGAUCAGGGCAAGAGGAUCAUUGAACGCGACAGAAAGCGACCGUCCUGGUUCAGCCAGAAUUGACACCAAAGAUGUUAAAAUGAUAACUUCACAGUAAUCAUUUCUCCUGAAAUAGAGAAAGAUUAUUUAUGUUGUUGUGCCUGUUUUUAAAUCAUCAAUAUAGUUUAACACAUUCUUUCUAAGCAGUUUUGUGUGGGAUAAUUUGAAGAAUAUAUUAUGAGUAAACUCUGAAAAUGUUUAUCCAAAGGCUCAAUGGAUUAUGUUUCUAUGACAUGCAAGGUUUUAAGUAAACAUAAAAUUUCCAGAACAAAAAUAAAUUUAAAAUUCAUAGCAAGAA